AUGGAACGAACUGGUGGUAGUGUGCCCGUCCAGCCUUGCGCCGAGCCUUACGCCCAGCCCGACGCCCAACCCGACGCGCUUCCCAACGCCCUACCCUACGCCCAGCCCGACGCCCAGCCCUACGCCCAGCCCGACGGCCUACCCUACGCCCAGCCCUACGCCCAACCCUACGCCGAGCCCUACUCCUCACCCUACGCCCAGCCCGACGCCCAGCCCUACGCCGAGCCCUACGCCUCACCCUACGCCCAGCCCUACGCCCUUCCCUACGCCCAGUCCCACGCCAAGCCCGACGCCCAGCCCUACGCCAAGCCCGACUCCAAGCCCGACGGCCAGUCCGACGCCCUAUCCGACGCCGAGCCCUACGCCUCAUCCUACGCCCAGCCCUACGCUUCACCCGACGCCAAGUCCGACGGCCAGCCCUACGCCAAGCCCGACGCCCAGCCCCACGCCAAGCCCGACGGCCAGCCCGACACCCAGCCCGACGCCCAGCCCUACGCCCAGCCCCACGGCCAGCCCUACGCCCAGCCCGACGCCCACCCUACGCCCAACCCUACGCCGAGCCCUACUCCUCACCCUACGCCCAGUCCGACGCCCAGCCCUACGCCAAGCCCUACGCUCCACCCGACGCCAAGCCCUACGCCAAGUCCGACGGCCAGCCCUACGCCAAGCCCGACGCCCAGCCCCACGCUUCACCCGACGCCAAGCCCGACGACUCACCCGACGCCCAGCCCCACGCCCAGCCCUACUGCCAGCCCUACUCCCAGCCCCACGCCAAGCCCGACGGCCAGUCCGACACCCAGUCCCACGCCCAGCCCCACGCCCAGCCCUACUCUUCACCCGACGCCCAGCCCUACGGCCAGCCCUACCUCCAGCCCCACGGCCAGCCCUACGCCCAGCCCGACGCCCAGCCCUACGCCGAGCCCUACGCCUCACCCUACGCCCAGUCCGACGCCCAGCCCUACGCCCAGCCCUACGCUCCACCCGACGCCAAGCCCUACGCCAAGCCCGACGGCCAGCCCCCCGCCCCCAGCCGGCUCGGCGCCCGCCAUGAGCGGAGCUGCAGGGGCGCCCGCAAUGGGGGGAGCUGGCGGGGCGCCCGCAAUGGGUGGAGCCGCGGGAGUGUCGUCAGGAGCCAUCUCUGCAACUGGCGAUCCGCAUUUGCAGAACGUGCACGGUGAGCGUUUCGACUUGAUGAGGCCUGGCAAGUUCGUCUUGAUCCAGAUACCGAAAGGAGAGCGUGCCGAGGACGCACUUCUUCGUGUGCAGGCUGACGCGCGCCGACUGGGUGGGCAGUGCGCAGAUCUGUACUUCCAGGAGCUGAAUGUCACAGGGGCGUGGGCGGAGGCGACGCAGGCUGGAGGCCUCCGUUUCCAAGCUCGCGGCGAGGUCCACGAGAAGCCGAUGUGGGUCAAGUUCGGGAAGGUUCAAAUCAAAGUUGCCUAUGGGACCACGAAUGAGGGCGUCCAGUACUUGAACUUUUACGUCAAGCACCUUGGGCAUGCUGGGUUCGCUGUGGGAGGGCUGUUAGGAGAAGAUGACCACAAUGAGGCAGCGAAACCUUCGCCGGCGUGUGUUCACCACACCUCCCUUCUUCAAGUAGGGGCUCUGAGUGGUGCGCCCAUGUUGUCGGUUGCAGAGGCGAGUUUCGCAUGA